AUGCAGGGUGGAAAUCAAAAUGAAGAGGAAAACCCCAUGAGGUCUCUCGGGCACAAUGCCCUGGUCGAAUUGCUUAACAAUAAUAACAGUGAUAGAGGGAGUGAAACUGGGGAGGAUAUACGGAAGGGAGAGAAGGAGGUUGACACGAUGUACUCCUUAGAAGGAGACAAUUUAAGAAGGAAAAAGAAAUCAUCAAAGGGGAAAAAAAAAAGGGCCGACGGAAGGGCGGAAAAAAAGAGAAAACAGGAAUUGCCAACGGGGAAAAGCAUAAAACAGUCAUCAGAUAGGGAUCCUAACGAAGAGGACACAAAAAUGUUAAAGCACCCCAGUCCCAGUCUUGACAAAUACACCUCCGGAAAGACAGACCGAGAGAGAAAUAAAAGCUACCUCCGCAUGAUGAACAAGUAUAACCUGUUUUUUGGAAAUGGUAAAAAACCCCAUUUUAUAAUGCCAAAAAGAGAUCAUAUGAUGGUGAGAAAAAACAUCCCUGUCGGUGGGUUCAAUCCACAUAGUAGGACGACCAUUAAGAGAGACAUGUAUGAUGAUGCCACUGAUGAUGUCGAUAACGAUUCCCAUCAUGAUAGUGAAAAAAAUGACAAGUUUUUUUUUUUAAAGAAGAGUAACGUACGUGGAGAAAUCAUGGAUGGGGCUCGGGCCCCCAUGUUGGGGGGAUUUCUCUCCGAGAAUGAAAUAAAAAGGGAUGGAAGGGGCGGUGCACGCAGUAGGGGUGAAAAUGGAGACAGCCCAGACGGACGCCCCAGGAGUAGCAGCCCUAGUGGAGCCCCCAGUGAAGACCCCAGUGAAAAGCCGAGUGAAAAGCUGAGAGAUAACCUGAGUGAUAACCUGAGCGAUAACCUGAGCGAUAACCUGAGUGAUAACCUGAGUGUAAAACCCAGUGACGACUGGCGUGACACAGAGAACACACCUGACAUGCACACAACAGGAGAGAAAGAAAAAGAAAGCAGCCAUGCCGUCAUGUCAUAUGAUGUGAAAGGAAAUUUGAGCACAGAAAUCACUCACUUAGGGGAAAGGUCCCAGAUAAAUGAAUGCCAUAAGCAGGUCGGAAAUGUCAAGCUAAGUAGAAAAAGGAGAAACAAAAAGGAUAGUGAUACUGAAACGAAGAAACUGCACAAGUCAUGGUAUGACAUAGAAACGACUGACUCGAUCGAAAAAGAAGCCACUCUCACUUCUCUCCAUAGCAGUAGUGUAAAAUAUGAAAGUAAUAAAAAGCGUGUUGUGAGCAUCCACCCAGACGAUCUCAUAAGCGAAGUGGAAAAGGUAAAUACCCUCGAAACUCCUGCUCUGCUACAUAAAAAGGAUUUUCAAUCUGACCUUGCGAAGGCUGUCAAAAUAGAGGAAAAGGACUCCCCCGAUGUGCAAACGGUGCUGCGAAGAAAUGAGGGAAACAAGAAAAGUCACGAUAUGGAUAGCCAACCUCCCACUGACAGCAUCAGUCAAGUGGACCCCUUCAACCACGAGGAUUUCAUUUUUCUCGACUUUGACCCGAUAAAGGAGGAAUACGUGGAAAUUAAAAAAACACUGCAGAGGUACAAAAAAAAACGGGAAUUGACGGAAGACCAGGGUGAAAAAAUGCACCACGACUCAAAUGGGGAAGACAAUUUGGAAAAAAAAAGUGGGAAGGAAAAAUUAAAAGAUAAAAAAGAAAAACAGAGUUGUCAUCAAAAUGACGAAAAUGUUCAUAUUAAAAAAAAUUUUAAUCACUUGAAAGAGAGGAUGCGUCGGGGAAAAAUACGAAUAAUCAGUUACGACUUUGUGCGCAAUUUGUGUUACAUCUUACGUCUUCCCAGCUGA